AAAAAAGGUAAAAUAAAAUAAAAUAAAGCAACAAGGGUAGAAGAUUGCGGACGGAUAACAGCGUUUAGAUUUUCCAGAAUCCCAGUACAAUGACGGUGAUUGCGGGGGGUUGCGUCCUUUCCCGGCCAUUUACAACGGCACGCUCUUGGAUAACCUCCGGAAAGCUUGUCCAAAAGUUGGAAUUUCUUGGAGAUGACUGCAAAACAACAACUCUCAGAACCCUUGGUAUGCCCAAGAAGCUAGAUCAGACAACAGGGAUUGUACGAUCCUUACCCAUUUUUGCUAAUGCCUUGUUAUUAACUACACCUUUAGAAGCCCUAGCAGAAGCAGCAGCCUGUGAGCAGCCAGACCAAUCUAUCUUCAAUAUGAACAUGCCCCUCUUGCUACUAGUCGCCCUAAUUGGGGCCACCGUUGGGGGACUGGUUGCUAGACAAAGAAAAGCAGAACUGCUGCGACUAAAUGAACAGCUUCGCCAGAUCAAUGCGGCUCUAAAAAGGCAAGCAAAGAUAGAAUCAUAUGCACCAGCUUUAAGUUAUGCUCCUGCUGCCACUAGAGUACCAGAUGAUCAAGUCCUUGUUGAUCCAAGGAAGCAGGAGUUGAUAUCCCAUCUCAAAAACGGGAAAAACUUUCUCAGAAAUCAAAAUCCAGAAAAGGCAUAUACCGAGUUCAAAAUCGCACUUGAACUUGCUCAGAACCUUAAAGAUCCGAUUGAGGAAAAGAAAGCGGCUAGAGGACUAGGGGCAUCAUUGCAGAGGCAGGGCAAGCAUAAAGAAGCAAUUAAAUACCAUUCUAUGGUUCUAUCAAUCUCAGAAAGAGAGGGUGAGGAUUCAGGAAACACAGAAGCAUUUGGUGCUAUAGCUGAUUGUUACACCGAGAUCGGUGAUCUUGAGAAAGCAGCUACUUUUUAUGAUCAAUACAUUGCUAGAUUGCAAGCAGAUUGAUAGGUUUCUUACCACACAUCAAGAACCGGUUUUAUCUAGUAGUGAUUUGUGACGAGGCAGUUUUUUUUUUU